GUAACUAAAUAAACAAACACAAAUCUGAAAAGACGUUUGUGUCCCUCCUCCUCUUCGUCUUCCUUGUCUUCCUCCUGGUUUUUCUCAUUUCUCUGUGAAAGUUUCUCUAUCUAUAUAUAUAAUCACCCUAUCAAAUCCUAACACCAAUACAUAUAUUCAGAAAAAAAAAACGAAAAAAGAAAAUAGUUGUAUAUUAUAGUAUAUAAAUAAGAAGAUCAUCAGGUUGUAAAGAGAGAAGGUUCGGAAGUGUGCUUGGAUCCGAACGUCGGACCCAACACUUCCUCUCUUCUCUAAGCUUCCCUCCUUUUUUUGGUUUUUUUCUUCUUCAUCGCCGAACGCCACGUAGGCCUCUUCAUUUUUCCUUCACCAGACGGGUGAUGCUCAAUUUUGGAACUUUUACUGAGAGUAUCCUUAUUUCGUGUUCCACCUAGAAGUGGCGUCUCGCAUGGGAUAGUAUCGAUUGGCAGAUAAUUUGUCAGCUGAGUCAAAGGAAUGGGUGCUUGUGUAUCAACUCCAGCAAUACCUAUCAAAAUGAGGAAGAGAUUUCCUGGUCGCCCUAGAAAGUACCAUGGAAAGAAUUCAAAAUCUGUUCCGAAAAUAAACAGUGAUGGAGCUCGGGUAACAGAUAUUGCUGUUAGUGAGUUUGUUCACAAAACCACAACCUGUAGAAGAUCUGAAUGCUCCAGUUCUAAAGUCAAGGUUACUCAGUUGCAGUGGAGCCAUAGUCAAAUUGAUGCCAAUGUUCUUUGCCAGGACGAUGCAUGGUUUGACACAGUCAGCAUUUUUGAGUCUGACUCAGAUGAUGAAUUCAGUAGUGUUCAUGGAGGUCGAGUUUCUCAAGUAAGGAAAUCAACAAUUAUAAGGCUCUCUCUGAGAACAUCUGUUGAAGAAGAAAAAAGUGGAUUUCGUGCACCAAGAAAAUAUCUUUUGCGUCCAAGGGCUGGGCUCAUUGUUCCUCGUUGUACAGAAGAAAAGCCAACUGCAGGAAGUUGGUCUGAGAUUGAGCCCUCGACCUUUAAGCUCCGUAGCAAUAGUUUUUUCACAGAUAAGAAAAAAUCACCUGCUCCAAAUGCGUCUCCGUAUACUCCUAUUGGAGUCGAUUUAUUUUUGUGCCCAAGAAAGAUCAAUCACAUUGCACAACAUGUUGAGCUUCCUUCUGUAAAAGGAGAUGGAAAAUUACCUCCUCUACUAAUUGUCAACAUUCAGUUACCUACUUAUCCUGCUCCAAUGUUCAUUGGUGAUGCUGACGGCGAAGGGCUGAGCCUUGUAUUAUAUUUUAAACUUUCUGAAACUUUAGAGAAAGACAUCUCUUCGCAGUUCCAGGACAGCAUCAAGAGAUUUAUUGAUGAUGAUAUGGAGAAGGUUAAAGGAUUUGCAAAAGAUUCAAUAGUUCCUUUCAGAGAGAGGUUGAAAAUAAUGGUUGGGGUGGUUAAUCCAGAAGAUCUUGUUUCCAGUUCGACUGAAAGGAAGCUUUUGAAUAGUUACAACGAGAAACCUGUGCUUUCCCGCCCUCAACACAGAUUUUAUCAGGGCUCAAAUUACUUUGAGAUUGAUCUUGAUAUUCAUCGAUUCAGCUACAUAGCAAGAAGGGGACUUGACGCUUUUAGAGAUCGGUUACAGCAUGGAAUACUGGAUCUUGGUCUAACAAUCCAGGCACAAAAGCCGGAGGAGCUGCCAGAGAAAGUGCUUGCUUGUGUGAGAUUGAACAUGAUUGAUUUUGUUGACCAUGGACAAAUUCCAACUCUAAUGAGCAUUGAGGAAGAUGAAUGUUCAUACUAAUAAAACCAAUGAUACUUUGCAUGUUGCAUGGGGGAGUUUUCAAAUGGUCCCUUGUUGAUCAAGCAAUUCCGACUUUCUAUACAAGACAAGAAAAAAAAAAAACACUGUAUAAGAAGAGAAUGAGUAUUGUAUUCUGAAAGAUGAAAUUAAAAGGUGAUCAUGUUGAUACUGAUACUUUGUGUAAGGUCCAGCAUUUUUUUAACUGAUCACCCCCUUAACAUAAUUUAGUACUAAUAAAAACCACUAUCACUUAUCAUUUACUUGAAGA